UGUGUAAAAAAGCUUUCGUGGGCAAAGACCCAUUUCCUCAGAUGUGUGUAACUCGUGCAUUACUGUAGUCUAAGGCGCUCCCCGUUCAGACAGGUGAUCCCUGGGCAGGUUUCUUAUGACAUCCCUCUUCUGGGAAUUGUGGCAGAGAGCGAGAGGGGGGAAGAGCCCCGCUUGGCACGCACCCUGCCGAUGGUAUCGCACACAGCAUCCUGGCAAGCGCUGGGAUAAGUUCCCGGCUCUGUCAGCAACAGCCCAGUCCACGCUCCGGCAGGACAAGAGGGGGAGCAGGAUCUGAGCGAGGGAUUCCCGGCCACGGCAAAUGCUUUUAUUUCGCCAGGAUCUCUCGCGCUUCUCUUGCUCAUCAAUAAUUCACCCGCGGGCUUUUUUUCGUGGCAUGUGAGGGGGGAGCGAGGGGGCGCCGGGAAGGGAGGGUCGCGUGUGUGUUUGCUUUGGCGGGCUGUUUUCAGGAGAUCGCUAAAGGACAAAGGGUCUUUUAAAAAAACCAUCUGGGAAGACUUUGACUUUCCCCCCAGAAUCGCUGGAAAGGAGCGUGCGAAGCUGCCGCUGCUGCUGGUGGGUUUCCCUGCUCGCUGCUGCUGGCUGGGUGGCGUGGUGGAAGGCGAGGCUGGGGCGCUCCGAGCGAGGCUGCGCUGCUGCCGAUGGUGCUGAACAUGGGCGCUUCGCACAGGGCGCUGUCCAUGGUGCCGACGGUGCUCCUGGCCCUGGCUCUCCCCAGCCUGCCGGUCUGGGCGCAGAAUGACACGGAGCCCAUCGUCCUGGAGGGGAAAUGCCUGGUGGUUUGUGACUCCAACCCGGCCACGGACGCCAAGGGCUCGUCCUCCUCUCCCCUGGGGAUCUCGGUGCGCGCGGCGAACUCCAAGGUGGCCUUCUCGGCCGUGAGGAGCACCAACCACGAGCCCUCGGAAAUGAGCAACAAAACCAGGAUCAUCUACUUCGACCAGAUCCUAGUAAAUGUGGGAAAUUUUUUCACACUGGAGUCUGUCUUUGUAGCACCAAGAAAAGGAAUUUACAGCUUCAGUUUUCAUGUAAUUAAAGUCUAUCAGAGUCAAACAAUCCAGGUUAAUCUAAUGCUAAAUGGAAAACCAGUAAUUUCUGCCUUUGCUGGGGACAAAGAUGUCACUCGUGAAGCUGCGACUAACGGCGUCCUUCUCUAUCUAGACAAGGAGGAUAAAGUUUACCUGAAACUAGAGAAAGGUAAUCUGGUUGGUGGAUGGCAGUACUCCACAUUUUCUGGGUUUCUGGUCUUCCCUCUGUAAAGUCAACUUCCUUCUGACAUUCAUCCAGAUGUGGACCAAUCAUUGCCUCUGUUAUUUGAAGAUCAUUUUAUCAUUGGAUUGAUGUUUCUUUAUUGAUUUCUCAUGGGUAACUAUGGAUUCUAUUUAUGGAUUUUGACCCUAUCUGAACUACUAUGAAGUUUCACAGAAUUUUGUGUGUUUAAAUACAGUAUAUUUGGAUUACGACUUAAAGCAGACCAUAAAUAUCUAUGCUUAAUGUUACAGUCUAAAGCUGCCUGCAAGAUUUAUUCAGAUUUCAUUUAUGGGACUUAUUGGAUUCAUGGGAGAAGUGGAUUUUCUUUUCUUUUUAAAAGACUGGCAACUGGGUCUAUAAAUUAGGAGAUUUUGAGUUCAGACUUCAAUCAAGAGUUAGUGUGUUGCUGCCAAAGAACUGUAUAUUGAUAUAUUUGGUUAUACAUAUUUUUGUUCUUUUGGACACUAUAGACAUAAUUUAUUUCAUUUUCUUGAAAAAGAUCAUUACUAUUACUGAUAAGUGAUUCAUUUUAUUUCUCCUCUACAUGUAGUGGAUUGGAUGGCUCACCAAUAUAUUUACUCUCAGUCAAGGAUCAUGAUGAAGAUUACCCUACUGAAAGCUAAGAAGUUGUAUUUUAAUUGGACAUGUAGUGCAAAUUAUAAUACUAAAAAAGUGCUUAUCUGAGUUAAAAGUGAUCUGUCCAGCACAUCUCUGCAAAACAGCUAUGCCCUGCAGGAAAGCUCACAUUUGUUCUUCAACUUUAAUUAGCAUGAUUGAUAUCACCCACUUUAUUAAAAACCGAAGGGAUGCCUUCCUUAGACAUAACCACUUUAUUAGCUGGAGAUGAGACCCCUUGUUUUUAAUUAUGUCUAUUUUUCAAGCCUUCUGUUGUGUUAAAGGUAUCAUCUGUUUUAUGCCUUAACUCCACAAAUGUGUACAUAAAUAAGUCAUCUGUUUAGCAAAUAUUAAAUCCAAAUAGCUGGUAUCUAAAUUUUGUCUUUUUGUACAGGUCUUAUGAAUUCAUAGGUUUAUUUAUUAAGUUGCUAUUACAUAAUAAAAAAUUAAUAUAUGUUAGCUGGAUAUUUUUUUGACCAUUGGGUUUUGGAUAUAUGUCUCUUACCCCAUCUCUUAGUUAGUUGUAAUUAUUAUAUACAAAGUUAAGCUUUUUCAAUUCACAGAAAGUGUUCCAUAAAGCCGGUAAACUUUUCCUAAAGGUAGCCUGCAUUAGCUAGAAGUAACCUAUGCAUUUUAUUAAUAAAACACUUAGGUUGAAACCCUGUCCCCAUUGAGGUCAAUGGCUAUAGUCCCAUUGACUUCACCCUUAGAGACUAAUCCAAAACCCACUGAAGUUAAUGGAUCCUGUUGACUUCAGUGGGCUUUGAAUAAGGCCUUGGUAGUGGGAUUUUGCCAUUCUGAAUUAAAAACCAAUGCAAUCACAAAGAAAAUCUAAUGAAUAAGUGCUUUUAUACAGGCUGUCAGUAAAACUUCCAGUCCUGCAUUCCUUAUGCAUGCAAAAUAUCCACUGACGUCAGUGGGAAUUUUGAGUUUGCAUGGAAUGCAGCAUCUGACCCAGACUUAGAGAAAAUGUGGAAGCCUUAUGAAAAUGAAAGUAUUUAUGAACCUGAGGGUGUUGACACAUUGAAUUCCUGAUCGAAAUUCCAUCGAAUUAAAUGGAAAGUGCUCAGUUGACUUUAGUGGGGGAGUCUUACCCUUCAAGUAAUCUUUUGCCACCUUUUCAGCCACGUGCAGUAUUGCCACAUUUUUCCUACCAUUGUUGAUUGGCAUUCAGAAAUUCCACUCAUUUGGGGUCCAGUCCCAAACCUAUUAAUGUCCCUGAUAUAACUUCCAUUGUUGUUAAUAGAAGAAGAUUGUGCAUAAAUGUAAAAAACUUUCAGAAGUGAUGUCAACAUGUAAGCAAUUCAAGAUUUGUGUGUGUGUAUGUGUGUGAGUAUGUAUAAUAUUGCCUUUUAGGUGAAGUGUUUCCAGAUAGAACAUUUCAGAGCUGCAAAUUGGGAGGUUACAGGAAGAUAUGGCCGGGAGGAAUCUGAUUUACAUCUGGUAAAAAUAUGAACAUAUUUGUCAUUACAAUUAAUCAAACUAUAUUACAACAUAAAACAAGUAUAUAUACUCAUUAGAAAGUGGGACUGCAGUAUCUAAUGUGUAUGGAAUAUGGGAAUGGUAAUUUGUUUUGUUGCCAGAGGAGUUUCCAGAGAGGUACAUAAAAAUUGAAUAAGAUCUGCAAAAUCCAAAAGUUCACUUUACCUAUCAUUAUAAAAAUAACAUAAAGAAUUUAAAGGAGAAAUAAGGAUAAAACUGGCAGUAUGCAUUUAAACAUGCUGCAAAGUGUGCCUGGUGUUUAGGCCCCAUUCAAUACCUUAUUUGAGAAGGAUCCUGUAUGAAUAUAACUACUUUAACUUCUGAACAGAUGAUUUCUUAAGGCUGCCUUCAGCAUUCAGCAAUGAUUCUAGUACAUCUUAAUGUACAGAUAAUUCCUCUUGGCAAAGUAUUUCUGACUUCAUGAGAGUCAUUAGCAGUUACUUAAAAUUUAACCAGGAAACACAAGCAGUUAUUAAAUAUGGAGCUAUGUACCGUUAAGAUGUUCCUGAACUCUCUUCUUGGUGCUCCAAAAAAUGCAAACACAAAAAUGACUUUGACUGCUGUAUUUUUUUUAAAACCUGUCCAGUGUGAACACAUGUAUCUUUAUAUGAUCUAUAAUCUGAGGAGCUCAAAGGAGGUCUCUGAACUGAUGGAACAAGGGUGCAGAUGGGACCACUGAACAUCUUUCAUAAUUUAACAAUAGGAAUGAAAAUGAUAGCAGCACAUCCAAAGUGUCAAUACAAAAUGGCCAGUGGGGAAAACCUCCUAUGGAACAGCUGGUACAUCUUUAGCAACUGGAAUAGCUAAGAUCCUUGAUCUAAAAAAAUAAGGUUGAGAAAGAGAUGUCAAGUUUUCUGAUUGUCUCAUGAUGGCCUUAUUCAGCUCUUUCACAAAGCUCUCAAUGAUAUCCCUGGGAGCUUUAUCUGGAAAAGCAUUCUGAAUUGUGGACUAGUCUAUGAAAAAUGGAGUUUAGCAUCUACCACUUUCUUGUUUUCUUUUACGCGAAUCUAAAUGUUUUUUAUUGUUGAGAAAAAACAGAUAAAAAGACAGCGUGUCUUUGGUCAACUGGUAUCUAAAGUUAGAGCUUUAUUUCAAAAGCUUCAAAUACUGCAUUUUCAUAAAGGCAAACAUUGGUUUUGACUUAUGCAAUGCAAACAUACCCUGGAUUUUCACUAUAGACAGGCAAUCUCUUCUGGGAUGUUUACAUUACAAUUGCAAAACCAUGGCUGACCCAUGCUAGCUGAUUCUAAUUUUCAGGGCUCAGGCCAAAGGGGAAGGGUCCCAGUGCACAGGCUACAUCCCAAGUCUGAACACUGACACUGCAUUUAAACAGUCGCUUAACCCAAGACAAAGUCAGUUUCCAUGGGCCAACCAUGAGUGCAAUGUAGAAAUACUCUCAGCCUCAGUGAAACCAAUGAGAUGCUUGCCAUUGGCUUCAAUAGGGACCAGAAUAUCAUCCUCAAUUUUUAGAAGACAGCUCAAAACAGCAUACACAAUAGGAAAGAUUCAUGUUUUCUUUCCAGAACCAAUGUUCUGGGAUAUGAAUGGGAUGCAAUUGUUUUUCAUCAAAUGGAAAGGGAGGGCUCUGAUAGUAGGGACAGCUAUACUCCCAAAUGACCACAGGGGGGCAGCAAGCAAAGGGGGACAGUUAUACUCCCAAAUAACCAAGGAGGAAGCAGCAAGUGCUCCAAUCCUGGGAAGCAGCUGGCAGCUCGACUGCACCACUCCUGCCAUCUGCAGCUGGCCCCAGGGAAAAGCUGGCAAAUGGGCUGUACAACCCCCUCCACCCCAGACUAUCCCUGGGAGCAACUUCUGGCUACCCGCACUUCAUUCCCUGAAUCCCCCACCUCCACCACUGAGCCCCCAAACUUUGUUGGUUCUAGCUCUUACCAUUUUGGAGGAGCUCUUGAAUAAAUGGACUCACAGAUGGAUGGACUGACACACAGACAGACACAAACUCUCUUAAAUGUGUAGUAGAUGCAUUUUAUAGUCAGAUUGCUUAUAUAGAAUGGUUGAGCAUGUUAGGAUCUAGAUCUUUCUGGCCCAUCUGUAGAAAACACCAAGAAGUAUGUGGCUACGGUAGCUAUCCUUCAGAUCUAAGGAGAAGCUAUUCACCAUAAUCUGCUGCUCAAAGCAACUCUUUAGUUUUGCACCUCCAAAGUCACUCAGAUUUGGCCCUUCCAUCUCUUUGUCAUGAGAAAGGGCUGGGUGAUCUAUAUCCUAGCAAAUAGCAUUUUGACCAGGUGCAUGGGGUCUUAGUACCACUCAAGAUUAGUUCAGCCACCCUUCCUUUAUAAUGGAGAAGUGGGUGGGUUAAUGCCUAGGUGAUUUAGGAGUUCAAAGAUAACAUUUUCAAAAGCACCUGCUGCUUAAACCACUUCUAAAAAGGGGAUGUAGGCUCCUAAAACACAUAGGUGGAUUUUUGAAAAUUUUACCUAUUUUCUUUUUCAUGGAGAAAAAUUGUUAAACUAAUUUUAUGGUAUAAAAGAGAAAAAAUGAAAUCUUGAUCAAAAUGUGAUUCCUUAAAGUAACUUCUGCAUUGCUUUGAAUCUGUGUUCUAUAUUUCUAUUGUACCCUAGCAUUGUCCAAGUGCUAAUUAGCGCAUCGUUCCUGGAGCCCCUAAGAGGUGGAUAAGUAAGGGUACGUCUACACUAACCCCCUAGUUCGAACUAGGGAAGCUAAUGAGGGCGACUGAAAUUGCUAAGAAAGCACAGGAUUUAAAUAUCCCACGCUUGAUUAGCAUAUUCCCAGCCGGUCACCAUUUUGGAACCUGACUAGCCCGAAGUUACUGCCCGUGUCUACAUGCAGCAGAGAAGUGGGAUUACGAGAUAACCCCUUUAGUUUGAAUUAACUGUUACUCCUCGUGGAAUGAGUGUAGAUACCCUUAUUUUUUAUAGCUGGGACAUGGAGGAGCAAAGUUUAACGACACACCCAAGGCCAUAGAGGGGGUCAGUGUCAGAGUCAGGUUUAGAACUUCUCAGCUUCUGUCUCCUAGUCCCAUGUUCAGUUCAUUGGACCACACUUUGCUGAGUUAAGGCAUUUUGAAUAAAAAGACAAUGUCAGAAUGAAUGGCACAUAUGGGUAUUUCAUCUUUAUAUCAUGUAUCCUUCCAUGUCUAGAAGGCUAAAUGAGAUAAAACAGCUCAGUUAUAAUAAUACCCCUUUCUGAAAGUGGUGUUUUUCAUAAGUAGAUCUCAAAGCACUUUACAAAGGAGGUCAGUACUAUUAUCCUCAUUUUAUAGGUGGGAAAACAGAGUUGAAAUGACUUGCUAUGAUCACCCCAUAGCUACAAGUUAGAAAACUUGCAUUCUAUUCCUGCCUCUCACUGGGCUAAGUGCUCCUGAUCACUCAGCCUCCUCAAAGACCUAACAAGAGCCCAAAGAAUUUCUAAAAUGAGUUAUCAGCUAUUUUCUUUCAAAAGUGACAUAUAAACAGUGCAGAGAGUACUCUUUACACCUAGCAUUUGGGAUUGAGAUGAUAAAUUCAAGAAGCAGUAUGUCAUAAUAACAAGUAGCUGACCCAUUAACAUGAAAAUAUAGUCUGCAGCAAGAAAAUGAGGUAUGUUCUACCCUCUUUAUAAUGGUUGCUAUGUGGACAAAAUCCUUUAAAGUAUUUAGACAUCUAACUUUGAUAUUAAUGGGAGUUAGGGAACUAAGUAUAUUUGAAGAUCCAGGCCUGCAUUGUUAAUACUUUAGCUUAACAGUUUUCUACAUAGUUACUUUGCAAAUAGCAACAGGCCUUUAUAUAGACCCUUUGUCUUUUAAUGAUAAUAUGAAGCAGAAGGUGAAGUAUGCAUAAAUGAAUAUCCCCAAUGCCAUAAUUUAUGGUUUGUCACAGACUGCAACAGCAAAUAUUUUGCAUUAUUGUUCAAACUGAACAAGUUCCUCUGAGAAAACACAUUGUCUUUGACACUGGGCUGAGAAGUUAUUUAUCUGUUGCUGGUUAGUAUGGUGUGUGUGUGUGUGUGUGUGUGUGUGUGUGUGUGUGUGUGUGUGUGCGUGUGUGUGCGCGCACGUAUGCAUGUGUGGAAUAUCCUUCCUGCUCUAAAGCAGUAAGGAAAAAGCAUACAAAGGUGAUGAUAAAAAUCAGGCACUGUUAUAUAAGUGAUGAUGAGAAUAAUGGAAAUCUGGCUUGAAUAGUCUGUUUAGUGAAAGCUGUGAUUUAAGGCAUUUGAUGGAAGCAAUCACUAUUUUAAUCUUCACAUUCUGGGGAAGGGAAAAGCUGGUUGCAUUUUUUAACAGAUUUUUUUUUGCCUUGUGGUUCAGCUUAGCUGUAAAAAUAUGUGAUCAUAAAUGAAGCUAAAUCUUCAGAAACAUUUUAGUUCUGAAGGGGGGUGCUGAGUGAAUCUUUUUACUUGUGUUUGUUGAGGGAAAGAAAAGGUGUGUGAAAAGCAAAACAAGUAUAAAUGGUUUAUGCUGAGUAACUCGAGUUUACCUGCUACAUUCUUGACCUAUUGUCAAAUUCAGUAGAUUGACUAAAUAUAUAGUAAUAUAUGUGCUUAAUAUUUUUCUACAGUGAAUGAUAUAAUCAUCCCUAUUUGGUCACCGUAUUGUAAUCAGAUAAUCCCAGUGAUGCUGGAAGAAAGCAGCUGUAAGAGUGUGGAGCAGAAUUGCUGGAUCUCUGUAAAUA